AUGCAUCGGAAUGGUCACAACCUCUCGCUUCCGCUUUCUGAACCUCCCACAGACCAAACGCCCACAAUCACUGCGACAAGCUCCCAGGAACCGCUGAUAUGGGAAUGGAGCAUCGAACAUGAAGACAGAAAGAAAGAACGCAAGGCAGAUGCCGCUCUGCACGGAGCAACUCCAUUCGAGGUCGACAGAAAGAUUCUGAAAGAUGUCGUACGCGAGAAGAUGGGUGUUGAAGUGGGGCGCAUUAAAUUCCUCAGUGCUGGUACCUUCCAUAAGGCUUAUCUUGUCACCCUUGCUGAUCAUGUCCAACUCGUUGCUAGAGUUGCGCGUCGAUUCAUGCCCCGAUUGAAAACUGAGUCCGAAGUGGCUACCAUUCACUAUCUUCGUCACAAAACAAAUGUACCCGUCUCCAAGAUAUAUCACUACGAUUCCAAUCCUUACAAUCGAUUAGGUGGCGAAUUUAUUUUGAUGUCUAAAGCACAAGGGAUCCCGCUAUCCCAAGUUUAUCAUAGUCUACCCUACAACGACCUGGUCAAGCUACUCAAGAAUCUCGCACUCAUUAUUAUUCCCCUCUUUGCUCACCGCUUCUCUUCGAUCGGAUCGCUUUACUUUGGACCAGACCCUCGCCUAAAUGUAACUUCUGGCGCUCCUACUCCCAAAGCUGCACAAGAUCAUUAUUCCGCCUUUCCAUUCUCGCCCACUCUAGACAUGGCUGGCCUUUCCUUCUCGCCAAGGGGGUCCACCACCUCCUUAUCCAGUGUGGAAUCCACUCCCCGCGAACAUCACGUCGGGCCUAUUAUCUCGUGGCCGUUCUUCGGCUCUAAUAGGGGAGAGCUCCUUCACCCUCAUGAAUUGAACCGGGGUCCCUGGCCGACAACCGAAUCGUACCUGGCUUCCUGCGUCACUCGAGAAAUUGAAGGCGUAGUUCGAGAAAACGAGGGCAAGUCUGCUCCGCACCGACUUCAUUUGGAUCCUGAUGAGAUCCAUUCUUCGCGCCACCAUCGAGUACGUGCCGUGCCUGGAGAUGAGAGUGACGAAAGUGACGAAUGGAACUUGUCUGAGAGCGAGGAUGAGUGGGAAGGUCCAGGAGACGCAAUGUAUCGCGACUAUCGGCGGAUGCAGAGGAGUACCUUCUUGGUUGCUCAUAUGUCUCAACGGGAGGAAACGGUGAAAAAGGAGAUGGGUAGAUGGAUGCAGGUGAUGGAGAAGCUGGGCAAGCUGUUGAAGAAAAAUGAUGGGCCAGAAGAAUUUGGAUUGGAUUGCCACGAUCUCAGCCUCGAAAACAUAUUUGUCGAUGAGCAGGACAACUCGAAAAUCACUUGUAUUAUUGACUGGGAAUCAACUACAACUCGACCACUCUGGGCUUGCGCCCAUGUUCCAGCGUUCCUUCAAUCCAGCCCCUUCCUCUCAAAAAUUUUCCGCGAAGUGGUAGCCCAAUUGCCAACGGAUCCUACAGUUUCGGUCCAGCUUCCUAAAACCACUAAACACGUCAACUUGGCUUCUCUCUGUAACGAAUGGCUUUAUUACGAGAUGCAUGGGACGCGUCUGCGACUUGCACAUCGAUGUGCCGAGUGGGACGGUUGGGAGGAAGGCCUCGUCGAGAGCAUUUUGGGCCCUGAGGAACUCGAGGAAGAGUGGUUCAUGACAGGCAGGUCGGCAGACGUGUUGUCUGCAGCACACCCGGCUGUCAGCUCACCAGGUGCCGAGGGCCAUGCUUCGAAUCCUGAUUCGAGAGGCAGGACCCAAGCGUUUGCUGCGGCUGUCGGUGCCGCCGGCAGAGGGAUCAAACUUUCUUCAAAGCUGCCCAUCCUUCAGGAGCAAGAGAAGGAGCAGAUGCUGACGACCAAUGGAGAUAUAUGUGGUGGGAGGGGCGGAGAACUUGGACGACGGCUUGAAGCGUGGUUGACUGUCUCGGGAAGUCUGAACGAGAACUCUGAGACGUGGUCUGACGCCGCAGCGAACAAAUCUGCGGUCGAUGCUCGCUGA